AUGAACGCGUUUCCGCGCGGCGAUGUGGAAGAGAAAUCCUUGGCAGAGGUGUUUGACUUAAUUGGCUUUGGACGCUUCCAGCUGCGAUUGUUGGUAAUAGCUGCCUUUGGCUUCAUGGCCGACUCCAUCGAAGUGGGCGUUGUUACUUUUCUGGAACAGAAGAUCCCGGAGGAGUGGCCUGAGGCUGAAGGAUGGGCCUUGAAUGCUCUUUCCAUGAGUGUUUUUGGCACGAAGCUGCUUGGCAGCUGCAUAUGGGGUGGCCUGUCGGAUCACUUGGGUCGCAGGCGAGCCUUCUUGCUGGCUAAUGUCUUUCUGCUGGUCACCGGUUGCCUCUCCGCACUUGCUCCCUCGUACACGUGGUUGGUCGUGUUCCGUGGACUGGUUGGCCUGGCGAUCGGUGGCAUUGUCAUUCCGUUUGACAAUCUGGCCGAGUUGGGCACGCUCUACACGAAUGCCCUGGCAGCGAGUGUCAUGGAAACGUGCGGCUGGCGGAUAUACUUACUGCUGAGUGCUUUGCCCAUCCUUCUGGCCUGCUGUGGAUACAUCUACCUCGAGGAGAGCCCCAUGUGGCUUUUGGACCGUGGUUGCGAUGAGGAUGCCCUGGCGACACUGCAGCGCAUUGCCGCAGUCAACAAGCAGGAGCUUGGCAACAUUGCGCUGGUUUCAUACACGCGUGAAGCAGACUUAUCCUGCAAAGAGCUGCUCGCGCCAUCACUCCGACGGCAGCUGGUCUCACUCAGUGCCAUUUGGAGCCUGGGCCUCUUUGGUUACUAUGGCGCUUCGAUGGCAAGCGGCUUCCUUUUUGCAUCUGGUGGGGCGAUGGACUACACCGAAGUACUUUUCACGAGUUCUGGCGAAAUCGUUGGCACGACAGUUGUGCUCUUGGCCUCGUGGCGACUCAGUGCCGCAACGCUUCAGCCGUGGUGUUAUUUGGUGAGCGGUCUGGGCUGUGCUGGCGUGUUGGUGGCGAAAUUGGCCAGCACACCACCUGCCCUCAUUGCGAUCCUGGCAUUCGUGGUACGUGCCGGGUCUAUGGGAGGAGUUGCUGUGACGUGGGUCUUGACUCCAGCUGCUUUUCCGACGCAUGUCCGCUCGACUGCCCACAGUGUAUUGUAUGCCUGGGGAUCUGCAGGAAGCUUGCUUGCCACACUCUGGCCAGCUGGAACGUCCAUCACAGUCAUCAUGGGGUCCUAUGCCAUAGCAAACCUGGUUUGCGUGGCAAUGGGUGUUUGGCAGCAGCGCGGAAUGGCACCGCGUGGCGCCUUCGACAGCCUGAUUUCCGACCUCCACGCCUCCAAUCUCGACCGCCGCGCUCGUUCCUCGCUGGCCCGAAGCAGCCGCGCAGCCAGCCGCACGAGCACAGCGACCGGUCGGCCGAGCACUUUCAGCCGCCCUAGCUGGCCUUUGCUGCCAUCGCGCCAGACGUCUUAG